AUGUUGCGUUCAUUCCAAAGAUCUUGUUUUCUAGGCAAAAGAAAUUUUGCAACAAGUAUUUCUCGAGAUCUUGCUUAUGAUGUUGUUAUUAUUGGUGGAGGAGUGGCCGGUGUCACGCUUGCUUGUGCCUUGGCCUCUAGUCCAGCUGUCAGCCGUCGGCGUAUUGCACUUGUUGAAGCCAUGGAUUUAACAGGCGUUAAAAGCUGGGAACCUAAACAGGACAAUUAUUCUAACCGCGUCGUUUCUUUGACACCUGGCACAAUGAACUUUUUUUCCAAGAUUGGCGUUAAAAGUCAUAUGUUACUCGACAGAACGCAUGGGUAUCGUGAUAUGAAGGUUUGGGAUGGUGUCACAGGGGCAAGGAUUCACUUGGAUUCGGCUCUUUUAAAUACAAACGGUCAGCAACAGACAAUCGCUUAUAUGGUAGAGAAUGUAAAUGUUCAGAGCGCUGCCUUAAAACGUAUCGAAGAAUGCCGUGAACAGGGCGUGCAUAUUGAUAUAUUCCAGAAAACAAAAGUAGCAGAGAUUAACAGAGAGUCUGAGACGUCUCAUGAUGGUAUUGAUCUGAAAGACUGGCCAACGAUCCAUUUGGAUGACGGGAAGACGCUGAAAGCACGUUUAUUGGUAGGAGCUGACGGUAUCAAUAGUCCAGUACGUGAUUUUGCAGGAAUCGAGUCUCUCGGCUGGGAUUAUGACGCACAAGGGGUUGUUGCCACUCUUAAAUUAGACCCUGAGCGUCCUGAGAGUAGCCUUACUGCGUGGCAACGAUUCUUGCCGACAGGACCUAUUGCCAUGCUUCCGCUUGCUGAAGGAUAUGCUUCUAUGGUAUGGUCCACUUACCCAGGAAUUGCCAAAGCACUCAAAACUAUACCAACGUCCGAUUUCUGUACGAUGGUCAAUGCUGCCUUCCGAAUGUCACAUGUCGACCUCAGCUAUCUCUAUAAACAAAUAACACGAGGAAAGAACCAUGACAUUCAAGGGGAGUAUGAGUGGAGAGAGAGCAUAGCAAAGAAAUCAUUAAGCGAUAAUGAGAUUCUUGAACGAGAGCAUUCUCUUCCACCACAAGUCAUUGACGUUCAACAGUAUUCUCGAGCCUCCUUUCCUUUCCGUCUACGUAAUGCUGAAAGGUAUGUGGCAGAUCGAGUUGCGCUUGUGGGAGAUGCGGCCCAUGCAACCCAUCCACUUGCUGGACAAGGAUUAAAUCAGGGUAUACUGGAUGUAGAGUGUCUAUCUACACUUGUUGAAAAAGGCACAAUGGAAGGCCAAGACAUUGGCAAUAUUCAUUUACUAAGACAAUAUGCUUCUGAGCGUUACUUACGCAAUAUCAUGAUGAUUAGCUCAUGUGACAAGUUACAUAGACUUUACUCAACAGAUGUAGCACCUGUUACUUGGAUCCGAUCUCUUGGUCUUAACGCUGUCAAUCAAAUGGAUUUCUUAAAGGCUGAGAUUAUGAAAUAUGCGAUGGGCAUUGAAUACAACGGAGACAUUAGACGCAUGUAA